AUGGAGGCGUGGCGGUUCGGCUUCGACCCGUCGUUGUUCCCGCCGGCGUACAAGUUCGACCCGACCGACACCGACAUCGUGGUGCACUACCUCCUCCCGCGCGCGCUGGGCGUCCCCAACCCGUACGAGCACGCCGUCAUCGACGGCGACCCCUGCAGCUGCCCGCCGUGGGAGUUGAUGCGCCGGAACGGCCACGCCGACAGCGACCACGCCUUCUUCUUCCCGCCCCCGCGCGACGGCGAGAAGCGGCCCGUCCGAGUAGUCUCCUCCCCAGCCCCAGCCCCAGGGGAGGACGACGGCGCCCGCGCGCGCGGCAAGUGGGACGCGCAGAAGAGCACGGAGAGCUCCGUCGUCCUCGUGCGCGGCGGCGGCCCGGGCGGCAUUGGCGGUGGCGCCGAGGUGCUCGUCAAGUACAAGCGCUGCAACCUGUCGUACUACCACGGCAAAGAGCCCAGCACUAGCGGGUGGGUCAUGCACGAGUACCAGAUCACCGUGCCGCCGCGGCUCUCCGGCACCGUCCUGUCGCGCGUCAAGGUCACCGACAGGGGCAAGCAGCGACUGAGGAAGGCCGCCGCCGGCGGUGGUUCGCAGCAGGUUGUUGCUGUUCCGGACCCUGACGAGCCUGGCCCGAGCAACUACGACGACGGCGGCGGCGGCGAUGGAAAUGCCCUUGGCUCGAGCGGCGGCGAGCGGGCUGAGGUUGUCUACCUAGACGAUGAAAAUGGCAGUGUCAUGGCGGAGAUGGCUGCCUACUUCGUCGACGAUGGCAACAGCUACUUGAAGGACGGCUUCGGCUACUACCAGUUCCAGGACGACGGCAGCGGCGGCGACUAUGGUUUCACCGUCGGAGACGACAACGUUAACCCUUGA